AUGCCAAAGACGUCAAGGAAGACCAGGCUCUCAAUUACGUAUUGGGAUACACAGCUGGGAACGACGUGUCUGCAAGGAGCUUUCAACUGCCAGAUGCCUCUGGUGGACAAUUUUGUUAUGCGAAAUCAUUUGACGGUUUUGCACCUGUGGGCCCCGCAGUCUGGUCAACCGAGUCGGUGCCAGAUCCCCAAAAGCUUCAUCUCACGACAAUUGUCAAUGGGGAGGUGGUCCAAGAGACGGGUACAAGUGACAUAA